AUGACCGAUAAUCCUUUCAUGGUUGAUCCAAAUUCAGGAUCUCCGAAUAGAAAUUCAAGGCCUGGUUUGAGUAGAUUUUACACCAAUAGCAGUACUGAAGGUAGCAGAAAUUCAAGAGAUCCAACACAUAAUAAUAAUUUUCAAAUGAAUAUGAAUAAUAAUCAAAAUAUAUUUGAUGAUAAAUAUGAAGAUGACUUUUAUGAUUCAGGGAAUUUUCAAGGGUUGCCUCCAUCUCCAUCUAAAGCUGCAGUAAGAUAUUCCCCAGAUCGUCGGAAGAGAAGUCAAUUUUAUCGUGACAGUGUUCCAAAUUCUCCUGUAGUAAACAGAUAUACUGCCAAUUUGCAACAGUCUCCAAAGAGACCUCAAGACACUAUUAUUAACAUGGCUCCAGUUUCUGAUGAUGAGGAUGAAGAAGAAGAUAUAAUAAGUAGCUACUACUCGCAACAACCACCACCACAAUCACCUUUCAAUCCUUCAAGAGUUCCAAGUAGUAUCAGACCAAACUCAAAUAACAUUUUUGCAGGCUCAAGAAAUUAUUCCCAGAAUUCAAAAUAUUCUGGUUCAAUUUCAAUAACCUCUACUGCAGCUUCAUCAUCAAAUUAUUAUGAAGAAAGUAAAAUCCGUAAUUCUUAUGAUGAUGAUCAAUCAACUAUAUUUUCUAGCGAAACAUUUGGUGAAACUAGAUUUGAAUUAAACCACCCAGUUAGACGUGAUUACGUUAGACGUGCUAAUUCAGAAAGUAGAAAGAGACCUGCUGUAGCACCAAAUAAGGCUAUUUUAAAACUAGAUAAUCCAAUCCCAAGACCCCUAUUAGAAACAUUGCCAAGAAGAGAUUCUCCGGAAUUUACCGAGAUGAGAUAUACUGCUUGUACUGCUGAUCCAGAUGAAUUUUUGGAGCAGGGUUACUCCCUAAGGUUCGCAGAAAUGAACAGAGAAUGCCAAAUUGUUAUUUGUAUUACAAUGUAUAACGAAGAUAAAUUUGGUUUGGCAAGAACUGUGCAUUCAAUCAUGAAAAAUAUUUCUCAUUUAUGUACUCGUAGUAAAUCCCCAGUUUGGGGUGAAAAUGGUUGGAAAAAAGCAUCUGUAAUCUUAAUUAGUGAUGGUAGAUCAAAGGUUAAUCAAGGAUCUCUAGAUUACUUAGCUGCCUUAGGUGUUUACCAAGAAGAUAUGGCUAAAGCUUCUGUUAAUGGUGAUUCAGUCAAGGCUCACAUUUUUGAAUUGACAACCCAAAUUUCAAUAAAUUCUGAUUUAGAUUAUGUUUCUAAAGGAAUUGUACCUGUUCAAUUCGUAUUUUGUUUAAAAGAAGAAAAUAAAAAGAAAAUUAACUCUCAUCGUUGGUUAUUUAAUGCGUUUUGUCCAGUCUUACAGCCAAAUGUCGUUUGUUUAGUAGAUGUUGGUACCCGUUUAAACGAUGUCGCAAUUUAUCAUUUAUGGAAGGCAUUUGAUAGGGAUUCCAAUGUUGCGGGUGCUGCUGGGCAAAUUACUACUAUGACUGGUAGUUAUGGUAAAAAAUUAUUGAAUCCUUUGGUAGCAUCUCAAAAUUUUGAAUAUAAAAUGUCUAAUAUUUUGGAUAAACCCUUAGAAAGUAUUUUUGGUUAUAUUUCUGUCUUACCAGGUGCAUUAUCAGCUUAUAGAUAUCGUGCUCUAUUGAACCAUGAAGAUGGGACUGGUCCAUUAUAUUCAUAUUUCUUAGGUGAAACACAGGAAGGUAGAGAUCAUGACGUUUUUACAGCUAAUAUGUAUUUAGCAGAAGAUAGAAUUUUAUGUUGGGAACUGGUUGCUAAGAGAGAUGCACGUUGGGUGUUAAAAUAUGUUAAGGAAGCUACUGGUGAAACAGAUGUACCAGAAGAUGUCCCUGAAUUUAUUUCUCAAAGAAGGCGUUGGUUAAAUGGUGCCAUGUUUGCUGCUAUGUUUGCUCAAUUACAUUUCUACCAAAUUUGGAAAACCAGACAUUCUAUAACGCGUAAAUUUUUCUUUCAUAUUGAAUUUUUCUAUCAAUUUGUUCAAAGUUUAUUUGGAUGGUUCUCCAUUGCAAACUUUGUCAUUACAUUCUAUUAUUUGGCUGGUUCAUUGAACCAGGUUAUUCACAAUGGUGUUGCUUUAUUUAUUUUCUUCAAAUAUUUAAUCAUUUGUGAUUUGGCUUGUUGUUUUAUCAUAUCUAUGGGUAAUAGACCACAAGGUGCUAAAUGGUUAUUCUUAACAUCAAUGGUUAUUAUUACUAUUUGUGCAAUUUAUUCAUUGGUUUGUGGCCUGUUAUUUGCUAUCCAGACUUUAGUUAAGCAUACCGAGUCUUAUAGUACAUUUGUUAAUAUCGUCAUUUCAAUAUUGUCCACUUAUGGGCUAUAUGUGUUUUCCUCUUUCAUGUAUUUGGAUCCAUGGCAUAUCUUUUCAUCAUCUUUACAAUAUUUUGUAACAUUACCUGCUUUUACCUGCACUUUACAAAUCUUUGCAUUCUGUAAUACCCAUGAUGUUUCCUGGGGUACUAAAGGUUCUACAGGCACUUCAAAGCCAUUAGCUAAAGCUAUUGUUGUUCAAGGUCCUGAUGGUAAACAAAUUGUGGAAACAGAUUGGCCACAAGAAGUUGAUAAGAAAUUUAUUGAAAUUAAAAGUCGUUUGAAAGAAGUCGAGAUAGAGGAAGAACACUUUGACGAAGCUCAACAUCGUAAUGACUAUUAUAGAGACAUUAGAACCAGAAUAGUCAUGAUCUGGAUGCUAACUAACUUGUUGUUGGUUAUGGCCAUUACACAAAUCUAUUCUCCAGCCGAUGUGGAUAAUAAAUAUCUGAUUUUCCUAUUAUGGAGUGUUGCUGCUCUUGCUGCAUUCAGAUGUGCAGGUUCUAUGGCUUUCUUAUUCAUGCAAUAUUUACGUCUCACUGUGAGCUAUUUUAACAAGGCAGAUGCCAAGGGCAAUUCCCAUCUACCAAAGAUAGGAAUGUUCCACAAGGACUAA